CCGGAUUCUGUGACGUCAGUGAGCCGCGCCAUAGGAAGAAAACAAACCUUCCGAAAGACCGAUCAGAAUCUCUGAUCAAUUAUUAGUAUAGAAACGUUAAACCGGUUCAGUAAACAGUUAAUGGUGGUGCGUGGGUCGAUAUGACAGAAGAAGAAAAUGGGUUCUGAUGGAAAAAUAAGACUGGACGCCCGAACUGCUCCGUCCUAUUUCUAACCGCCAGACCGACUCUGUUGUGUGUUGACUGGUUUCUGCUGUCGGUGUGUUGACCUCAGAACUGGUCCACCAUGAGCUCCAGGGUGUGCCGGACCUGUGGGGGGUCAGAUAUAGACGUGGAUCAGGCCCGGGGCAGCGCGGUGUGCACCAGCUGUGGUUCUGUUCUCGAGGACAACAUCAUCGUCUCCGAGGUCCAGUUUGUGGAGGGAAGUGGAGGAGUUUCAUCUGCUGUGGGACAGUUUGUCUCUGCUGACGGUCCAGUCAAAGCUCCUCUUCUUGGUUCUGGUUUUCACACCAGUGUUGGGAAAGAGUCCAGGGCCCAAACCCUGCAGGGUGGUAAGCGUCAGAUCCAGCAGCUGGGCAGUCAGCUGCAGUUGAACCAGCACUGUUUGGACACGGCCUUCAACUUCUUCAAGAUGGUCGUCAGUAAACAUCUGACACGAGGACGCAAGACGGAGCACGUCAUCGCCGCGUGCCUCUACCUUGUGUGUCGCACUGAGGGGACGCCACACAUGUUGCUGGACCUGAGUGACCUGCUGCAGGUGAACGUUUACAUCCUGGGGAAAACCUUCCUGCUGCUGGCUCGUGAGCUCUGCAUCAACGCACCUGCCAUCGAUCCUUGCCUGUACAUCCCUCGGUUCGCUCAUAUGUUGGAGUUCGGGGUGAAGACUCAUGAGGUUUCCAUGACGGCUCUUCGUCUUGUUCAGAGGAUGAAGAGGGACUGGAUGCACACGGGACGCCGACCCUCUGGUCUCUGUGGAGCAGCUCUCCUGGUGGCUGCUCGAAUGCAUAAGUUUCGUCGCACAGUGAAGGAUGUAAUCAGUGUGGUCAAAGUCUGCCAGACGACUCUGAGGAAGAGAUUAACAGAGUUUGAGGACACGCCCACCAGUCAGCUGACCAUCGAUGAGUUCAUGAGAGUAGAUCUGGAGCAGGAAUGUGAUCCACCCUCCUUCAUCGCUGGACAGCACAAAGCAAAAAUGCAGCAGCUGGAACAGGAGCUCGCCAGGAAGCUGGAUGAUGUCGAAGGAGAGAUCAGCUGCUACAAGGACGAGAUUGAGACCGAGCUGGAGAAGAGUCGACCCAAACUGAGGGGAAUCUACGCCGCCUACGCCAAAGAAAUCGACCCAGAGGACGCAGAGGUUUUGUCCUUGACCUCUGACCCCGAGGAGCCAGAAGUUGAAGACAGUGAGCUCAGAGUUGCCACUCAACAACUGACUCAGGACUUCCUGUGUCAGGUGAUCCAGGAGGAAGAGGGGCGGGGCAAGAAGAAAGAUGACAGCAAUAAAGAGCCAGGGUCAGAGAAGGACGGGGAAGGCUCUCAGCGUCAGGCCGCCCCUCUAGCUGUCAUCCUGGGAAAGCUGCCGAACGCCACCAGCCUCCUCCAACCGACCUGUGAUGAGUCAGAGACGAGCGAGAAACCAGAUGAUGAGCAGUCAGAGGGUGGAGAGCUCGACCUGGACGGCAUCGAUGAUCAGGAGAUUGAUAAGUACAUCCUGAAUGAGAGGGAGGUGGAGGUGAAGACGGAGCUGUGGAUGAAACAGAAUGCAGAAUACCUGGAAGAGCAGAAAGAGAAAGAGGAGAGGAUAAAGAAAGAGAAAGAACAGGGGACAUAUAAAGAGAAGCCGAAGAAGUCGAAGAAGAAGAAGGAGCAGAUUGAGGCAUCGACGGCGGGCGAGGCCAUCGAGAGGAUGUUGGAGAAGAAGAAGAUCUCCAGUAAGAUCAACUACGAAGUCCUCAGAGACCUGAACAGCAGAGGGACAGGAAGUGGGGGGGGCAGCAGUCCCAGCAGAGCCUCCUCCGACCCCCCCGACGUCAACACCGCCACCCGCAAACGACUCAGCCGCCGCCGCCGCAAGAAGAGCAGCGACACCAACCGAGACCUCGCAGCCAAUGCCAGCAUCAUGGGGAAGAGGGUCCGCCUCCUGAUAUCCUCCACACCGAAGAAGAAGAAAACAGCCGUCCAGGCAGAAAACUCUGUCACCAUGACAACAGAAACAACAACAACAACAACAACAGAGGCUGUCGCUGAGGUGACCCCUGACCCUGAACCAGACGACAGCUCCACCCCCGCUGCUCCUCCCACUGUGCUGGAAGAGGAGGAGGACGAGGAAGAGGAGGCAGACGAGGAGUGUGUCAGCGCCCUGCAGCUAGUAGGAGAUUACGGGUGUGAGGAGGAGGAAGUCUUCUAGCCGCUGACUGACCUUUGACCUCCAGUGAACAAAUUCUCCGUCCAUCAGCUCCACUGAGACAGAUCAGUGUAACAGAGAUUGAUAAUCAAUAUCAGUGAUCAGUCAGUUUCUUCUUUAAUUGAACGCUGAUCACUUCGAUUGAUUUUUCGUGCCGCUCCUGUUGUUUAUACUGUAAAUAGAAAACUUUUAGCUUUUAGAUGUUUGUGUAUUUUUAUAUGAACGUGUUGUGUAAAUAAAAACGUAGAGACCAGAAAACAAACGAUAAAUCAAACAGCUGAUGUUUGUGUCAGUAGUGUGUGUUUCAUG